AUGGCCUCAGGCCUCUUCAUCAAUUCUACUGAUGGCACGGAGCUCGGCUGCGCAGGCGUCAGAGUCACCCCAGACAUUGGGAGUUCCGCUUCCGGUAUCAUCAAGUACAUCCCAGCAGCCGUACUCGCCAUGAUUCUUAUCGCAUCCUCGCGUCGACAUUUCCAUACACCACGAACCGGCGAAUUCGAACGUAUUGCGGCUGCGAAUGUCUGGAGAUCCACCUGGAAGAUCGUCCUGGAUGUAACCGACUAUCUCCAGUAUUUUCAAUUCGUCUUCCUAGCUGGAGCUCUCACAGUCGACUACCCCGGCUUCUAUCAACCAGUCAUGGGCCAGCUGCCCUGGGCUUCCUUGCUCUACUGGGCAGGCCCCGUUGACCAUGGAUUCAUCUACCCCGGUGUUGAAGAUGGGAUGUACAUCAGCAACGCGUCCUAUGGAUUGGACUAUAUGGCUCGCAUGGUCGCGCAUCCCCAGGUGCCGGAUAUCAUGAUAAAUGCGCAUAUCAACUUGUGGUGCUAUGUUUAUCAUUGUGACAUUCUGGCUUGCAGUCAGACCACCUGGCCAGCAUCCGCUGAGCACAACAGUCUGCGAGACCGGAUAUCUUGUCUUGGUGAUCAAGACAUCGUCGCAAUACCUUCAGAGGACUCUACCCAACGACCCCGGCAGACAAGUCUCAAGGCCUGGCUCCUCCGGUUCCAGCAUUUCCUCCCACUGGCCGUCGCGCUCCUCGAUGGCCUAGUUGUCGGCUGGCUUCAGGAUUGGGGGCUCGUUCAAUUGGCAAAGCUCAAUGUUUUUGAAAUGGCGCUACUAGCAUAUCUCGUCAUACAGCGACGUUGGAAUUCGUUCAUGUCGAGGAGCGUCUGGUGUACGCUUAUUCGUGUAUUGACGCUUACCUUGAGCCUCGCUUUUGCAUUCCCUACCCCGGAGUCUACAAAGCAAUGGCUAGGUUACUUCACCCUGUGCCUUCACGCUGCAGCGGUUGUUUUCGGAUACCUGUUGCUCUCAGGCUUGGAGAUGUAUCGCGCCGCCCGGUUGAGGUUGCAGUCGAUUCUCGCUCCAUCGGAACCCGAUUCAGCAAUUAGCCUCUGCUCGUUACCCAUACGCACACACCUCACACACCACACGGAAAGCCCAACCAGCCGCCCAACCUCCGCUGGUACAUCCUACCGAGCCUGGAACGAGAACCGACCGGGCACAGCGGCUUCGAACAACAAUCCACCCCUCGACACAAAGCACUACGUGACGGAUUUCUCCGCGUUCUAUAGAGCACCCAGGUCGCGAAACCAGACACCCGUUUCGGGCGCGAGUUCGACCGCCUAUCGCUGA